AUGACUUCCGCUACGAAAACUGAAGAUGACGCUGGACGCACCGAUGGUGCUUUUGCGUUCCUAGACCUACCACCUGAGCUCCGCAUGGAAGUGUACGAGUAUCUGAGCCUCCCCAGCACUCGCAGACUGCCUCUCGACAAGACCGACAUGUUCUACUCCCACAUUGAUCUCGCUAUCUUGCAAGUAUCAAGAUUGACACGGAAGGAGGCAACACCCAUCCUGCUACAUCGCCAACACCUGGCAUUGAUCCUUCGCCUCACCGACCUUGCAACCGGGAUGAACUUGGUUGGGAAGACAUGGUGGAUAGCUCCAAUCAUUUGGAGGCUUCAAGACAGUCUCCAAGAAUAUGUCAACGGGUACAAAUACUUAGAGGAUCCCUGCACCACUUUGAUCACUACAUCGGAACGAAUGUCCCUGGAUCAAAAGCAGCGCUUGGGUUCCAUCUCCGAUACUCAAACUUUCAGAACCUUCUUCGACAAUGCCGUUCACCAGCUGUGCGACAUACCAGUCCUCAAGAUCCACUUUGAGAUGAACCCAAGCGAUAUGACGAACGACCUGAGCAAGGCUCUUCGGUAUCUGCUCGAGAAAUACUCAGAAAUCGGGGGGAACAUCAGAGUCAAGGUGGUCUUUGCAAUCCCUCAAUACGAGCUCACGGCUCCCAGAACCUUGCUCGAGCAGUUCAGCUUCGAGCGGUCGAUUGACAGAGAUGGGCCGUCUAAGGCGCUGAGGAGUGGUUAG